CUGGUUUUCAUCUGUGUUUCAGUACACCCGGGUUUGGAUCCCGGACCCAGAAGAGGUCUGGAAGGCGGCUGAAAUCAUCAAGGAUUAUAAGGAGGGAGACACAGUGCUUCACCUCAAAUUAGAAGAUGAAACGACGUUAGAAUAUUCAAUUGGUCCCAAAGACAAUCCACUUCCAUUUCUUCGGAAUCCUGAUAUUCUGGUAGGAGAGAAUGACCUCACAGCUCUCAGCUACCUCCACGAGCCUGCUGUGCUCCACAACCUCAAGGUCCGCUUCCUCGAGUCCAAUCACAUUUACACUUACUGCGGGAUUGUUCUGGUGGCCAUCAACCCGUACGAGCAGCUUCAUAUCUAUGGAGAAGAAGUCAUCACUGCGUACAGCGGCCAGAACAUGGGGGACAUGGACCCGCAUAUAUUUGCUGUAGCAGAGGAAGCGUACAAACAGAUGGCCAGGGAUGAAAAGAACCAGUCGAUAAUCGUGAGUGGCGAGUCUGGAGCCGGUAAAACGGUUUCCGCAAAGUACGCCAUGCGCUUCUUCGCCACAGUGGGAGGUUCAGCAAAUGACACCAGCAUUGAAGAGAAAGUACUGGCCUCCAGCCCCAUCAUGGAGGCCAUUGGAAAUGCAAAAACCACCCGCAAUGACAACAGCAGCCGCUUCGGGAAAUACAUCCAGAUCGGCUUCGAUAGGAGAUAUCACAUCAUUGGUGCCAACAUGCGAACAUAUCUGCUUGAGAAGUCCAGAGUGGUAUUUCAGGCUGAGGACGAGAGGAACUAUCACAUCUUCUACCAGCUCUGUGCUUCAUCCUCUCUGUCAGAGUUUAAAGAUCUUUCCUUGACCAGCGCAGAAGACUUUACCUUCACGUCUCUUGGUGAGAACAUUUUUAUUGACGGAGUGAAUGACGCUGAGGACCUUGUGAAGACAAGACAGGCUCUUUCAAUGCUUGGUGUGAAAGAGAUCCAUCAAAUGAGCAUCUUUAAGAUAAUUGCCUCCAUCUUGCACCUGGGGAAUGUGGAGAUUGUGUCGGAGAGAGAUGGAGAAUCCUGCCAUAUCAAUAGGGACGACACUUAUUUGCGUCAUUUCUGUCGGCUGCUGGGUAUAGAGCAGGAGCAGAUGGAGCACUGGCUGUGCCGCCGGAAGCUGGUGACCACUUCCGAGACCUACGUGAAGAACAUGUCGCAUGCCCAGGCGGUCAAUGCCCGAGACGCCCUGGCCAAACACAUUUACGCCCAUCUCUUUGACUGGAUCGUAGAGCACAUCAAUAAAGCCUUGCACACCUCCACCAAACAGCACUCCUUCAUCGGUGUGCUGGAUAUCUACGGAUUCGAAACGUUCGAGAUAAACAGCUUUGAGCAGUUCUGUAUUAACUACGCCAAUGAGAAACUACAGCAACAGUUCAACUCGCAUGUGUUUAAACUGGAGCAAGAAGAGUAUAUGAAGGAGCAGAUCCCCUGGACGCUUAUAGAUUUCUAUGAUAACCAGCCGUGCAUCGACCUCAUUGAAGCCAAGCUUGGUAUUCUGGAUCUUCUUGAUGAAGAGUGUAAGGUGCCUAAAGGAACGGAUCAAAACUGGGCGCAGAAGCUGUACAGCAAGCAUUCAAACAGUGGGCAUUUCGAAAAGCCCAGGAUGUCCAACAAGUCAUUCAUUGUGGUACACUUUGCAGAUAAGGUUGAAUACCAGUCUGAUGGUUUCCUGGAGAAGAACAGAGACACUGUUUAUGAGGAGCAGAUAAACAUCCUCAAGGCCAGUCAGUUCCAGCUGGUUGCAGAUCUCUUCCAGGAUGGUAAAGACUCUGGUCCUCCCUCAGCCACCAGCAAGAGCUCCAAGAUCAACGUCCGGGCUGCCAAACCAGCUCCAAAAGGCCACAACCGUGAGCACAGAAAAAGUGUGGGCACCCAGUUCAGGAACUCUCUACAUCUUCUGAUGGAAACGCUGAAUGCUACCACCCCUCAUUAUGUGCGCUGCAUUAAACCCAAUGAUAAUAAGGAAUCCUUUGUGUUCGAUUCUAGAAGAGCUGUUCAGCAACUGCGAGCAUGUGGAGUCCUCGAGACUAUCCGCAUCAGUGCCGCCGGGUAUCCCUCCAGGUGGACCUAUCCAGAUUUCUUCAGCAGAUAUCGAGUGCUCAUGACAAAGAAGAACAUGACCAUUGCAGAUAAGAAGCAAGUUUGUAAGAACCUGCUGGAGACCUUAAUCAAGGAUCCAGAUAAGUUCCAGUUUGGAAAGACAAAGAUUUUCUUCAGGGCAGGUCAGGUGGCCUAUCUGGAGAAGCUCCGAGCUGAUAAGUUCCGCUUCGCCUGCAUCAAGAUCCAGAAGACC